AUGUCUCGUCCCAAUGCCUUCACAUCGAUGUGCCGAUCAUGUCGACGGUCAUAUAUGGCCCAGACACGGACACAGCCACAGACACGACGCCACGCCUCGAAUACCGCACGCAGCCAGGAGCCAAGCAGCCUGGCCGAGCGCCUCGGAAUCCGAAUUGAACCAGAGACGCCUCCGAAAGAGCCACAGGCUCUGGACCAAAUCGCCGAAGCACUGCGAAAGCCGCAAAGGACAUCGACUUCUUCGCCGCACCCCCAGCGACAGGGUCUGAACUCCCUAUUGACAGGCGAUCUUCGGUCGAUUGCACGAAGCGCACGAGACGAGGCGGCCACCAGACCCAGUGCCCGCGUGUCGGCGGACGAGCCGUACCACCUGACCGUGUAUGCGCACAAGCACAACACACACAUCACCUUCACCGAGCCGUCACGGAACCCGAUCAUCUCCCUGUCCACGGGUAACCUGGGACUGCGAAAGGCGCAGCGCAGCUCGUACGAUGCCUCGUUCCAGCUGGCCACGUACACGUUCCGCAAAAUGGCUGAGAAGCAGUGGCGGCUGGGCGGCAAGAAGAUGACGCACAACCAGAUGAUGACGCUGGCCGACAUCCGCAAACCGGGCGCCAUGUCCGGAGGCGCGGGCAUCGAAGUCAUCAUGAGAGGGUUUGGGCCCGGCCGAGAGGCGUUCCAGAAGGCCUUGCUGGGCACCGAAGGCAGGAUGAUCAAGCCCCUGGUCUCCAAGGUCACGGACUCGACGCGCUUGAAGUUUGGCGGCACGAGAAGUCCAAAGGUCAGAAGAUUGGGUUAA